UCUCUGAGUUCAAGGCCAGCCUGGUCUUGAAGAGCUAGUUCCAGAACAGGAACCAAAAAGCUACAGAGAAACCCUGUCUCGAAAAUCAAAAAAAAAAAAAAAAAAAAAAAAAGUUACUUUGGGUAUGUACUGGACCAGCCUGAUUCCUGUAGUUGUUACAGUUAAUUUUCAGUCUUCGUUGCUGCCUGCCAUGCUGCCUGCCAUACCACGGCAUUUGUUAGCUGGCCCUGAGGUCAUUUUUGUAUUCCUGGUACAGCCAUGGCUAUUACCUCUCUUUACUUGGGACCCACUUGUGGGGCUCAGGGCAGCCUGGCCACAUAUAUGGGGCCCAGGUUGCAUAGCUGCCAUGACAGACAGGCUUGAUAGAGACUAGCCAAGAGAGUUUCCAUUUACUGGCAGGCAGCACCCAAUUCCAGGAAAAGCCAUGAGCUGAUACCACCCAGGAUUGGACCAGCAUCUAAGGGAAGUACCUGAAUAUCUUACCCAUUGGAUAAGAUUAAAUAAGAUCACCAGAUGUCCUUGAGCCCAGCAGUACCUAUUCCCUUCCACCAAAACACCCCUAGACAGGUGUUAGCCAGUCAGGGUCUUGAAUCUUGAAAACCCUCUCACCCCAACCUCUACUAUGAUAAAAAGUCUCUCCUGCUCUCCUGGGCAGACUGUUGCAUCGGACACACGGAGAGUCCAAGUUCGGGCUUUAAUUGAAUAAAGGCUCUUGGCUUUUGCAUACGGAUUCAGACUCCUUGGUGGUCUUUGGGGAACUCCAAUUUGGGCAUAACAUUUGGGGGCUCGGGGCUGGAGAGAUGGCUCAGAGGUUAAGAGCACUGGCUGCUCUCCCAGAGGUCCUGAGUUCAAUUCCCAGCAACCACAUGGUGGCUCACAACCACCUGUAAUGAGAUCUGGCACUCUCUUCUGGUGUGUGGGCAUACAUGGAGACAGAAUGUUGUAUGCAUAAUAAAUAAAUAAAUCUUUAAAAAAAAAACAUUUGGGGGCUCAUCCAAGAUCCCCCAAGCCUACAGGGACUACCGCCCAUAGAGCCUUCAGCCUCAAGUCGGCCUCUGAGUUUUCUGUUUUGUGUCUUUCUGCUUGAAUAUCCUUCUGCAAGUGCGUCCAGAAUCAGUACCAGAAACUGUAAGAACCUGUAGACGGUCUAUGCGGACACGUGAAGAGAUCACAGGCCAGAAGAGGGCACCAGACCUCAUUACAGAUGGUUGUGAGCCACCAUGUGAUUGCUGGGAAUUGAACUCAGGACCUUUGGAAGAGCAGGCAAUGCUCUUAACCACCGAGCCAUCUCUCCAGCCCCUGGAACUCAACAUUUGAUCUAAACCAAACACCAAGGGAACCUCUCUCAAAAAAAGUCUUGGGUGCAGGGAGCCACAGGUAUGAGCCAAUAUUCAUGGACUACCCGAAGAACAGUGGAUCUCGGAACGGGUCAGGUAUUCCCCAUUCCUUCCUGGUCAUACCUAACUGCCCCUACUCCUUAUUACGAAUAUACCAACCAUUGGAUAAGAUUAAGAUGUCAUCAAACCCAGAAUGUACCUAUUCUCUUACACACACACACACACACCCUAGACAAAUGUCAGCCAAUCAGGUUGAAUCCUGAAAACCCCCUUACCCCCAACUUCUACCAUGAUAAACGGCUGGGCGCGCUCUGUUUGUACUGCUGCAUCAGACACACAGCCCAAGCCUGAUCUUGAAUAAAUAAAGGCUCUUUUCUUUUGCUUACGGAUUUGGACUCGGUGGUGGUCUUUGGGGAGGGAACCUUGCGGUUUGGACAUGAUUCUCAUUCCAUCUCAAGCUCGCUAGAUUGUCCACGUCAACACACCAUUCUCUGGCCCAAACUCACCGAGCCCCUGUGUCAGAAUCUCUCACUUACUGCUGAGUCCAAAGAGCAAGAUCUCUCCUGGCCCUGCCAUUCCACCUGGGCCAUAAGGAAGGCUAGAUGGGUGGGGCACCUGUUGUUAUCCAGAUUUCCAGGAAGUGCUGCUGUUAGGAGCUUUCAGGUGCCUCCAUUAGCACUCCUCCAGCCGGGAGCCGCACAGAGAUCUGACAGGAUUCUGACUUGCCAUCUCAGGUAAGAAGCUGGGGACGGUGCAUCUGAGCUGGCUGUGGCUCUGGGCACUGUCCACACACCUAGAAUCCCUAGACUGGAAGAGAGUUGAGAGCAGACUACUAUAAGAUAGGACAGACAAAGGGCAGUGGGGGGUUAGGUGCCUAGGCCAGACAUUAGGGACUUAGGAGGUCACAAGGGGUAGGAUACAGUGGUGGUGGAGACCCAGGAAGCUUUUGCUUCUUUCAGGGGCAGACUUAGCACCCUGAAAUUGGGAAAGGGUUGGUAGGGAGACCCAGGAAUCCCAACUGGAGCCGAGGGAAGAAAUAGCUGUUAAGACUGGUAUCCUGAGGUCUGGCACUUGGCAAUCGUUGGAGUCUUCUCAACUCUCAUUUGUUGCCUUUGGGACAGCAACCUUGCUCUGAGAAAUGCGGAAACUGGGGUUCACUUUCCUGUGUGGGGCAACCCCACCCCAUUUGCCUCAGUAAGUUCUAUGAAGGCCUGAGGGAGAUUUGCGGUCUGUGUGUCACGAUUGCCUCACUUUCAACACGCAGGGAAGAUUAGCUAUUCCAGUUCCUAGUUGUCUGGAACUGGGAGCCCUUGCUUGACCCCAGGCUGUGAAAGGCAGUAGAUUAAAAAUCAAGAGUCAGGGACUGGAGAGAUGGUUCACUGGCUGCUCUUCCAAAGGAUCUGGUUUCAGUGCCCAACACCCAUAUGGUGGUUCAUGACCAUCUGUAAUUCCAGUUCUGGGAGAUGAGACAUUUUCUUACUUCCAUGGACACCAGGCAUAUAGGUGCAUAUAUGUACAUGCAGACAAAACACUCAUACAUUAAAUAAUAAAUCUAAAAAAAACACAAAGUCAGAUGUGGUGACCCACCUGUUGUAAUUCCAGCUUUUGGGAGGUAGAGGCAGGAGUUCCGGGGCAUCUUUCACUACAAAGCAGGUUUGAGGUCAGUCUAAGCUAGACAUGACUGUCUUAAAGCAAAACAACAAAAAGCCCUUUCUGACCCAAUACAUCUCUCACUGUUGGUCCAGGCGUAAUGUCUCUGUUUGAAAGUGUCACAAGAUCCCUGGUCCAGGAGUUGGAUUCUGGAGGGGAUAUGAUUCCUGUCAAAAGUAUGGUUGACGCUGGUGCAUUCAAAUGUGGUUAUUUGGUGAGAGGACGGAAGAGGGUCUGGGGAUGGGCCUACUACCGCAAGACAGACCUCACCCUGGAGGACAUACUGGACGAAAAGGACGAAGGACUAUUUGGUAGGCUGCCUGCAGGAUUUAGAGGUGAAAAGGCUAAAUUCCAAGUCCAGGAUAAAACAGAUUCAAAGCUGUCAGUAAAACUGUUGUCAGCAAUAUUGCCAGCAAAAUUGUCAGCAAUAUUACCGGCAAAAUUCCCUGAAGAAAUACUUGCCGUUGAAAGACUACGGUCCUGUGAUUGGAAAACCACCAUAAUACAUAGGAAGAUAACCCAGAGAUAUUUGGAUUUCCUUGUCAACAAGAAGGUGAAGCAGAAACUACCCGCUUCAUUUAAAACAAUUAAUAUGAAAGAAAAUAUAUAUCUGGUGACAGAAACUCUGGAGACAGAAGACGAGGAAACCCUACAAAGAAAAAUGGGCUAUAAAAUUUUGUGCUCACUUCUUAAGAACUAUGAAAAAAAGAGCCAACGCAAAAUCACCGUCCCUGCCAACACGAUCCUGGCCUAUCGAAUGAAGCAGCUCAUCUUCGAAAAUGGGUCAAUAUCUCUUGACUUCUGGAAUGAAGGAAGAAGAAGGUCUUUUCAAGGAGAAACGCCUCUAGGAACACAGGGAACUACUGAAACUUUGAAGGAGCACGUAGAGAACACAGGGAGAAGCCUGCAGGAACUGGAUGAGAAGCAGAAGAAUGUGCUAUGCUCUGCCACUACAUGCGCCAUCAAGGAAGGGGGGCUGGAGGACCUGGAACAGAAAGUUUCUGCUGUCUUGUUCUCUGAUGCUUCGACGCAGACUGAGGGCCCAGCAGGUCCUCUCAUUCGCACCCUUCAUGAUAAUGCCGGGUGCUUGGUAAAAGCACGUGCAGAAGCCAUUCUGAUGCUCUUGGAUGCCUUAAUAGCCCUAUCUGACAAUGCCGAGUAUGUGAACGAAGCACUGGAGAAUGGGAAGCUGCAUUUGCUGAGGGACCAGGUGAGACACUGGAUAGAGAGGGCUAGGGCCAUAGUAGAGACCAGUGCCUGUGUUCUGGAAGGACUUGAAAACCCCACAGUACAGCCCUUUUUACUCUGUAGUUACUGCCUGCUCAUGUCUGUGCAGCAGGUUUGGGACAGAUUUGACAUGUUCUUCUGCCUGCCAGUGGGCAAAGAGGAUAGAAAAAGACUAGUCCAAGAUGGCGUCUGGUGCCAUCCUGAGUGCCUGCUGCUAUGUGGAGAUGGUGUGGGGUUCUUCAGCUUUGCAGGAAGAAUUCCAUGAUGGCUCUAAUGUCUGUCACAGCUCAGAACGAAGGGCUGUGGCCAGCUGUUGGCCAUUGUGGUCUGGGUGUGUAUGCGUGUGUGCGUGUGCAUGCGCGUGUGUGAGAGCGCCUAGCUUUUAAUCUGGUGAGUUUCCUUUCAGGUGGAGUCAGUCCUCCAGAAGAAUUGGGGUGAUCAGCUUAACCAGAAUGUGCACUGUGACCCUGAGGCACGGAGCCUCUGUAUCAUGUAUAUUGCUUGCUCUCUCCUGCUAGCU